GACAUUCAUAAGGAAGGAGGAGGACCUCACAAAUAGUGUUUGUAAUGUAGUUUCUGUGAUCUGUGCCUGUGUGUUUUUGCAACAGCAGCAGCAGCUCUGAUGAAGUGGUGUGAAGUUUGAGGAAGUCAGUGACAUGCGUGGGGUGUGUCCAAAACACUCACGUCAGGACUUCAGCUCACACUCUGACAGUUUGGAUUCGUAUGAAUUAAACAAACACCGGAUGACAGAGAGUGAAAGCCAGAGAAAUCUGCACUGAACAUCAGCUCAUGCUCAGCCUGUCACGUUUUCUGUCCUGUGACUCAGAGAUCAUACGGUAACACAGGAGUAAACUGGUUCACACAUCAGACAUGGAGCAUGUCCAGCUAAAAGUCUAAAUAGCUAAAUGACAGCCUAUGUAGAGAUGUCAGGUGACACCAGUACGUUAUCAUGGAAACCGCCUCCUCCCGGUCCACUGCAGAUGCCCGCCGGUUCCAUCGAGAAUAAAUGGACGGGGCCGGUGAAAAUCCUCAAAGUGUGCUUCAUCAGCAACAGCUCCAACCUGGGCAAGAACUUCAAACUGGUCAAAUGUGAAAGUUCCUGGAAUAUCAGGAGAAUUAUUCAGUCCAUCCUGGACAGUGGACGACUCGGCCCCAACAUCAAGUUCUCAGAAUGCUACGGUCUGCUGCUCAAACACCUCAAAUCAGACGAGGUUCACUGGCUGCACCCAAACCUCACCGUAGCAGAGGUGGAGCAGAAAUAUGAACAGCAGCACGUCGAGGCAGAGUGGAGAUAUGACUUGAGGAUCCGUUACAUUCCUCCUGAUUUCCUGGAGAAGUUAAAGGAUGACAAAACUACAAUGCUCUACUUCUACCAGCAGGUUCGCAGUGACUACAUGCAACACAGCGCGAGGAGAGUUAGUGACGGGAUGGCGCUGCAGUUGGGCUGUCUGGAGAUUAGGAGGUUUUAUAAAGACAUGAAUGCCAGCGGCCUGGAGAAAAAAUCAAACUUCGAUCUGCUGGAGAAAGAUGUUGGUCUGGAUUUGUUCUUUCCUCAAGAAUUAAUCGACAGUAUGAAGCCGAAGCAGCUGCGGAAACUGAUCCAGCAAACAUUCCAGCAGUUUGCGCUGCUGAAGGAAGAGCAGUGCAUCAUCAAGUUCUUUGAGACAUUAUCUGUCUUUUCCAGUUUUGAUGAAGAGGUUUUUUCUUGUGAGCUGGUGCAAGGAUGGAGCAUCUCUGUGGAUCUGGUCAUCGGGCCCAAAGGUAUUCGGCAGCGUACAGACAAAAGCUCUGUGCCGGUCUGUCUAGCCACAUUUGCACAAAUUCGAAGUAUUAAAUGCACACCUCAGAAUGACGGAAAGACGCUGCUACAUAUAGAUAUAGCAGGAGCUAAACAGCCUUUGUCCAUCAGCAUAGCCUCUCUGGCCAUCGCAGAGAACAUGAUGUAUUUAAUUGAUGGUUACUGUCGUUUGGAGCACGGAAAUGAGACAACUUUAAUAGUACACAAAGACAGAGAAUCUAGGAUCUCUCUCCCUCUUUUACCCAGCAGUAUGGAAAACACCAGAUCUGACAGGGAAAGCAAAAAUUCAGAUAUUUAUGCAGAGAUACCAGAAGAUACACCAGUUCCGACAUGUAAAUUCAGCAUCUUACGAAACGACGUUGUACUCGGCCGGAUUCUGGGUGAAGGUUUCUUUGGUGAGGUGCAUGAUGGGAUCUAUAAAAGCAAGACAGGAGAGCGAGUGAAUGUGGCUGUGAAGACAUGCAAGGACUGCUCAGCUGAUGUGAAGGAGAAGUUCAUGAGUGAAGCUUUGAUCAUGAAGAAACUGGACCAUCUGCACAUUGUGAGACUUGUAGGAAUUAUCGAGGAAGAUCCCGUGUGGAUUGUCAUGGAGCUUUACCAGUAUGGAGAGCUAGGAAAUUACCUGUUGGAGAACAAGCACAAAUUAACCACUGUCACACUGAUCCUGUACAGUCUUCAGAUCAGUAAAGCUCUUGCUUACCUAGAGGGCAUUAACAUGGUGCACAGGGACAUUGCUGUGAGAAACGUGCUGGUUGCCAAACCAGACUGUGUGAAGCUGGGAGACUUCGGCUUGUCCCGAUACAUAGAAGAGGAGGAGUAUUACAAAGCCUCCGUGAGUCGAUUACCUAUUAAAUGGAUGGCGCCGGAGUCCAUCAACUUCAGACGCUUUACCUCGGCGAGUGACGUCUGGAUGUUUGCUGUGUGCAUGUGGGAGAUCAUGAGUGGAAGCCAGCAGCCGUUCUUCUGGCUGGAGAACAAGGAUGUGAUAAACCAGCUGGAGCAGGGCGUCCGUCUGCCCAAACCCGAGCGGUGCCCACCGACCCUCUACUCCCUCAUGACCCGCUGCUGGGCCUACAGCCCCGUCGAGAGACCCAGCUUCGCAGAGCUUGUGUGCAAGCUGAGUGAUGUUCAUAAAAUGGAGAAGGAAGUGAAGGUGGAGGAGCUGCGAGCCAGAACUCGCUCCAUAAAUAUAACCCCGUUUACUGAUGCUCCACCGAAGCCAUCAAGAAUGAAACCAUCAGGUUUCAGUACUCUCAAUCCACGUCUACAUCUCCAGCUGCCCGAGUCUCUGCGCUUUAGUUCGCCAGCCCUCGCCAGCCCGCCAGACUGGCGCCCUGUGCUUGUGUCCGGCUGCACGCUGACCCUGCCGCCGUCCCCUCGCCGUGGCAGUAUGGAACGAGGUUUCCUGGAGCCCAACAGUAAGGAAGACGCUCAGCGGCUGUGGGAAAUGGAGAGGCAGUGCGUGCAGGAAACUUUAAGGAGGCAGAAACAGGAAAUGCUGGAGGACAACAAGUGGCUGGAGAAAGAAGAGAAGCUUCUGGAUCCAUUUGCCAAUGACGACACAAAGGCUAAAGUGAUGUCAGAAAAUGAGCCAAGCCAAGCUCCUUCCCAGGCUCCUCCGGAGAAGCCCCCGCGGGUGUCCGCUCAGCCGGCGCCGACAGCAGAACUGGACCGCACGGAUGACAUGGUCUAUCAUAACGUGAUGGAGAUGGUGAAGGUCGUGAUGCAGCUGAAGAACGAUGUCAACACGUUACCAGCCUCAGAGUACAUCACUGUGGUGAAGUUGGUAGGAAUGACGUUGCGCAGUCUGAUCCGCAGUGUGGACGACAUCCUCCCGACUCUACAUGAGUCCAUCAGAAUGGAGAUUGAAGGAACUCAGAAGUUGCUGAAUAAGGAUCUGGCCGAGCUGAUCAGUAAGAUGCGUCUGGCUCAGCAGAACGCCGUCACGUCUCUGAAGGACGAGUGUAAGAAACAGAUGCUGGCGGCCGCUCACACGCUGGCCAUGGACUCCAAAAACCUGCUAGACGCUGUGGACCAGGCCCGAGUGCGGGCCAAUGUGGCCAAACCCGCCACACCCUAGAUCUGAUCCCUGAUUGGCCGUCAGACAGACGGUUUCAUCCAAUGAGAAAGCUGAAGGAUGAAUUGAACUGAAAUGAACUGGUACAACUUGCUUUAUUUAUGCUUCUGGAUGAUAAUGAAAGCAGUGCUUUCGACAUUGAAUGUUUGCAGAUGUAUUUUCACAAGUGUUUGCUUGUAAUCGUUUUCAUAGAUGUUUAUUCUCAGGAAAGUUUGUGGGAGGAAAUAAAUACAGUUUUGU